AAGCUCUCUUGAUUUGCUUUUCCUGGUUUUGAGGAAGUAUGUUUAGAUCAUCACCAAGAAGAGGACAGAGAUCAAAGGGUUUCAAGGUUAAGCAUUGUAUUCAAUUGACUUUGUUACUUAGUGUUGGAAUAUGGUUGCUUUAUCAAGUUAAGCAUUCUCAUGAGAAGAAAUCUCAGUUUGAGCAAAGUGCAAAGAUUGUUGUUGAUAAAGUUGUGAAGCUUGGUAGGAAAGAUCUUAUCCCUCGUGUUGUUGAAGAUGAAGCUGAGGAUGAAGGAAGUAGGAAUGUUGUUGAGAGUUUUAAUGGCGGUGGUGAUGAUAAGGAGAAUGAGAUUGUAGAAGGAGGUGAAGAGAGUAAGGAGAAGGAAAGUGAAGGGAUUGUGUUGAAUAGUGAGGUUGAGGAGAAGAGAGAUAAUGGUGGUGGUGCGGAAGAGAGUGAGGUUGAAGAGAAUAGAGAUAAUGGCGGUGGUAGUAUGGAAGAGAACGAGAAGAGUGGGGCUGAAGAGAGUGAGGUUGAGGAGAGAAAAGAAAAUGGCGGUACGGAAGAGAGUGAGGUUGAGGAGAGGAAAGACAAUGGCGGUACCGAAGAGACUGAGGUUGAGGAGAGGAAAGACAAUGGCAGUACAGAAGAGACUGAGGUUGAGGAGAGGAAAGACAAUGGCGGUACUGAAGAGAAUGAGGAGAGUAAAGAGAAGAGUAGUACCGAAGAGAGUGAGGUUGAGGAGAAGAAAGAAAACCGAGUUACAGAGGAGAGCGAAGAGAGUAAAGAAAAGAGUGGUACCGAAGAGAAUGAGGUUGAUGAGAAGAAAGAUAAUGGAGGUACAGAAGAGAAGAAAGACAAUGGUGGUACCGAAGAGAGUGAGGUUGAAGAGAAGAAAGAAAACGGAGGUACAGAUGAGAGCGAGAAGAGUGGUACAGAAGAGAAGGAUAUAGAUGAGAAAGCGAAUAUUGAAGAGGCAAGAGAGAAUAAUUACAAGGGAGAUGAUGCUUCUAGUGAGGUAGUCCAUGAGUCUGAGGAGAAGACUAGUGAGUCGGAGAACGGUGAGAAAGUGGAGGACAAGUCGGGUAUAAAGACUGAAGAAGUGGAAGAUUCUGUUAUCAAGAGUGUUUUGCCUAACACAACCGAUAAUGGGGAAAGCAGUAGUGAUGAGAAGACUGGUUCAUCCUCAGGUCAUGAAUCCGAUUCCUCGGAGGGAAUAAAAUCUGAGGGUGAAUCUAUGGAGAAGAAUGAGUUGUUGGAGAAGGAGUUCAAUGAUUCUAACGGUGAGUCUUCUGUGACCGGGAAAUCUACGGGUUCUGGAGAUGGAAGUUCUCAGGAAACUAGGAAAGAAGAAGAUGGGAAAGAGAAGGAAAAUGGAAGUACUGAGAGUGAGAAGAAGGAACAAGUUGAGGAAAACGAGAAGAAGACUGACGAAGACACAAGUGAAUCGAGCAAAGAUAAUAGCAACUCCGAUACUGAACAAAAGCAAUCAGAGGAAACAUCAGAGAAAGAGGAAAGCAACAAGAAUGGUGAGACAGAGGUAACUCAAGAACAUCCUGAUUCUUCUACGGAUACUAAUCUUCCUCAAGAAGUAAAAGAUGUUCGCACCGAUCUUGAAACUUUACCGGAUUCUGGUAAUGGAGGGAGCAAUGAGAGUGUUGCGGCUGAGUAAAUCUCCUCUGGUUGAUCAAAUUCUCUCAUUUGAUGUUGUUUAGUAGAGAGUUUUACGAAUUGAAUUUGUGUCAUUGUAAGUUGUUGUAAUCUUUUUCUUAACAUAUUAUGGGUUGUUCUCAUUCCCAGAGCAUAAGUUAUAGCUUUUCUUUUGUACCGAACACAUGAUUAUUUUUCUCUUUAAACAAAUUCUUUUUUUUUGA